AAUUUGUAAUUUGAUAAAUGUCAUUUAUACCAUUUUGAUGUUUUAGUUUGCCGAAAGUUUCGUGGCUUUAAGUUGAGUAGAAUAUAAUUUUUUAUUAAAAAUAACUAAAAAAUUUUGUGCUUGAUAUCAACUUAAUUUCACUAGCAUGGCUGAAUAUUUAGCCUCAAUAUUUGGAACUGAAAAAGACAAGGUAAAUUGCUCAUUUUACUUUAAAAUAGGAGCUUGCAGACAUGGUGAUAGGUGUUCUAGAAUUCAUAACAAGCCAACUUUCUCACAAACCUGUUUAUUACAAAACCUGUAUGUAAACCCACAAAAUUCUGCAAAGUCUGCUGAUGGAAGCCAUUUGGUUGCCAAUGUAUCUGAUGAAGAAAUGCAAGAACAUUAUGACAAUUUCUUUGAAGAUGUUUUUGUUGAAUGUGAGGACAAAUAUGGAGAAAUUGAAGAAAUGAACGUUUGCGACAAUUUGGGAGACCACUUAGUAGGAAAUGUGUACAUUAAAUUUCGAAAAGAGGAAGAUGCAGAGAGAGCUGUAAAUGAUUUAAACAAUCGUUGGUUUGGUGGGAGACCUGUUUAUGCAGAACUGAGUCCAGUGACUGAUUUUAGGGAAGCUUGCUGCCGUCAGUAUGAGAUGGGUGAAUGUACACGAUCUGGUUUCUGUAAUUUUAUGCACUUGAAGCCUAUUUCAAGAGAACUAAGGAGGUACUUGUAUUCUAGAAGAAAGGGUGCCAGGCGAGGAAGAUCUCAUUCAAGAUCUCGUUCUCCUAAGCGUGGACGUUCCAGGUCCAGAGAAAGGAAAGGCUCUAGAUCCCCAAAACAUCGUUCUGGACGAAGUGGUCGUUACUAAUACAUAUAUGGGAGUUUGAAACCCAUAUUUUUUACAUUUAUUAAUAUUUGUUUUAAUUUUUUAAGUAGAAAUAUAACUACCCUAGAUAGGUUUAAAAUAAAUAACUUGAAGUGUUAGAUUAAAUUUUUGUAGGUUCAAUAUAAAAUAAAUGGUAUAAAGUAUUCUAUAUACAAAUAUUUAGAAUACAUUUUUGGAAAUGGUAUUUCUAUUACACAAUGAAUAUUUACAAGUUGUAUAAAUCGGCUUCUUACUUAUAUGUAUUUUGAUCAAUUUUGUUUAUUUUCAAUCCUCAGAAUCAUCAUAGUGUAUCAGUUUCAUACUUUCAAUUUAUUUUUAGUUUAGCACCAAUACAUUUUGAGUAUGAGCAUAUAUGUAGAAAUAAAACAAAGUUUCAGACAACA